AUGAGACUUUUAAGUUCUAAACAAAGUUCAUAUUUUCCGUCCAAUUCAAAAUCGUCACAUAGUGUUUCAUUAGAAGCGGUAAAUGUUAAAACUUUCAAUAUCAAAUCGUCAUACUGUAUAAAUAAGAUGUAUUAUUUACCAAUAUCAAAUAAACAUCCUUUAUUAUCUGAAACGUAUUCCAAUAAACAACUCAUUCAUAUCCAUAAUUCAAUAUCCAUAGAAAUACCAUUUUCAUUACGACAAUAUACAACACUUUAUUAUAUUAUCAUAAUCAUUAUUAUUAUUAUAACAUGGUUAGAUAAUGUAAAAGCUAAACCAUCAUAUUAUAAAUCAUUUAUAUACACAACGGAACACAAUACUAAUAAUAAUAAUAAGAAUAACAAUAAUAAUAAUCAUAAUAAUGAUAGUUGGAAUAUGAUUGAACCAUGGGAACCACUUAAGAAACCAAUCGAAAAUCAAUUGAAUCGAUUCAAUAAUGAUCAUAAACAUAAUGAAUGGAAUAAUAUAAGAUUACAAUAUCAAUCCCAUCAAUUAUAUCUUUUAAAUAAUAAUGGAGCUAAAUGUAAUGAUGGUUCAUCAGCGGGUUAUUAUUAUCGUCCAGCAAAAUAUACAACAGUAAGUAGAUGGUUAAUAUUUCUUGAAGGUGGCUGGUAUUGUUUUGAUGAAGAAACAUGUAUUUUACGUGAAUCUAAUGCAUUUUCAUUAUUCUCAUCAAAAUUUUGGCCAAAAACUCGUUCAUUUGGUGGAAUACUUUCAUCUGAUCCAAAUGCAAAUCCAGUUUAUCAUGAAUUUCAUAGUGUUUUCAUUCCAUAUUGUUCAAGUGAUUUAUGGACUGGGAAAAUGGCUAAUCGUAGUGGAGAUUUCUAUUUUCAUGGAUCACGUAUACUGGCAGCUGUUAUUGAUAAUAUACCAUGGCAAAAUGCAGCUUAUACAGAGAAAGUUAUAUUUGCUGGUUCUAGUGCUGGAGGAAUUGGUGUACUUAUGAAUAUUGAUAGAUUAAGUAGAAAAUUAUUUAAUCGUAUUGGAUAUCCUGUAUUAGUUAGUGGAAUAAUAGAUUCAUCAUGGUUUAUUCACAUUCCUGCUUAUCAAGAAAGUAAAUGUGUUAAUGCAUUUGAAUGUCCACCAGAAGAAGGUAUUCAUCGAGGAAUGAAAUUUUGGAAUCCCAGAAUACCGAAACCAUGUCGUAAAGCUCAUCCAAAAGAAGAAAAAUGGAAAUGUUAUUUGGCACCGUUUAUGUAUCCACAUUUAAAAACUCCAGUUUAUAUUGUUCAAAGUUUGUUCGAUGAAGCACAAAUGCAAAUGUCUAAAGUUCCAUUACUUACCGGUGGAACAUAUUCAAAAUGGGCAUAUAUACAAAAUUUAGGCAAAGAAGUAGCACGUAGUCUUCAGGCAGCUGGAGGUGUAUUUGCUCCAUCAUGUUUAGAUCAUGAGAUUUUAACCAAAAAUAAUUGGGUGCAUAAAAUGAUUGGAACAAUCAGUUUAGUGAAUGCGAUCAAAUCAUGGGAUAAUGAAUUAGAAAAACAUUGGGUAAAACAAAAAUUAUUAUAUUUCUCAAUUCACUAUCCAAAUAUUUUACUUAAAGCUCAACAAUCCAAUACAAAUAAUCGUCAAGAGUCUGAACAUAAAGAAAGUGUUACUACAGGGACUAAGACGACGACCACGACGACGACCAUGACGACCACCACCACCACCAUGGCAACGAAUUCAACACUUAUAUUCUUAUCUCGUCUUGUUCAUUUAUUAAAUCAAUAUCCUAAAAGAUAUAAACGUCAUUUAAUACAUUAUAAUGAUUAUAUUUUAUUAAAAUCAUAUCCAUAUGCAUUUACAAUGACUCGUUUAAAUCAAAAAAAUGUUACACAAUUAAUAAAACAAUAUCAUAAACCACGUAAACAUAUUAAUUCAAUAUUUGGUCAUUAUUCAAAUUCAUUUCUGUAUCAUAUUAUUGAUUCAUGUGGUUUAUUUUCAAUUAAUGGUAACCAUGGUACCUAUUUAUGUAAAAAUAUGAGUACUCAUCAUAAUAGUACAUAUAUGAAACCAUUACAAAAUGAUACAAUUAAAUAUAUUCCAUCAAUGGAUUAUUUAAUACCACAAUGUAAUCCAACUUGUGGUUAUUUAUCUAAUCCACAACGUAUUAAAUUAAUUGAUAUUUUAGCAUUAUAUCAAGUCAAUACAAAUUUAUUAGCUAAUUUAUUAGGUUUAUCUAUAACAACACUUAGAAAUUAUAAUUCAGAACAACAAAUGCAUGCUCUAUUUUGUAAUCAUCAUUAUCAUCAUCAUAAUCAUAGAGUUAAACGUGGUUUAAGUCAAUUAAUAUUACCACAACUCUUUAUAUGA